GUUUUCGCAGCUCUUAAAAAGCUUGUAACAAUGACAAAAGUGAGAAAUGUGUCAUUGUUAAUACAGAGUUGUGUUGAUACAGUCCAAUGCUUGAAUAAAAGAUAUUUUGUUUUUCAUGUUAGAAUGUAACAGCAACCUAGACAACUGAAUUGACAGCGAAUCUAAUGGGGCAUCCAAAAGUUAAUAUGUGAAUCAUCUAAUCUGUUAUUGCAUCAUGCAUCAUUUUACUUUAAAGAGCGAUCCCUGACAAGCACAUCGGUGAUUACCUUUUUUUUCUUUUGCUUUGGCGCAGGAAAUCUUAUUCCAAGUGAUCGUGGUUCAUUUAAUUAUUGUACAAGAAAAUAUCAUUUGGCUCAUGGCACAUGAACAGUUUGUUUGCCACUCAGUAGAAGUGACUGAGGGAUAAUUCAGCGAGUAUCAAACGAUCUCCCACAACUACUGGCUGGCAGUUGGCUUGGCCGUUUGUUUAGUUGGUGAGAGCGCUGCAUCAGUCCCAUGAAACGGAUAAACAAAACAUAAGACAGAGGUACAUAUUGAGACUUUUAGACACCAAAACAGCGUUAUGUUCUUCACUCACAGGAAGCAGUGAUAGAAAGAAAUCCCUGACUUCAAAGACUAUGAUUGCAACUAGAGAAAAUAACACAGAGCAAGAGUGAAUAUUCAAAGAGUUAGCAACAUUGAAUUUCCGAAUACCAAUGCACAUCUGGAAAUUUCAAGGACGAACGAGAGACAGUUUUCAUUUCAAAUGCUGCAUGGAAAACUCUUUCAUCAGACCUGACAUCCGGAGCACUGAAUGAUCCAAGCGGAGUGGAUUAACUGGUCUGUCGCUCGCAGUAAUAGCGAUUGUCGGACUUCAGAGUAAAGUGCACGAUCGAUGAGUAACCAGUUAUAACGGAUACAUUAAAGAGUGAUUAGCAGUUAAGUGUUUUUUCCGGGCUGUUCUAAGUCUUCCAUUUAAAAAUGUUCUUUUUUUCACCAGAAAUUCUCCCCCCGCUGAAUUCGCUAAGUUUAACUCUCGCUCUUGCUUUUGGAAUCACAUUCAAUUUUUCUUUACCCAAACACUGUCAAAGCCUUUGCUCUUGAACACUGUAGCUAUCCGAAAACAAUGCACGGAGCGGUAGAUUCUAAAGCAACUGCAACAUACAACUAAAAUCGUUUUUCCCUGGUAGUUCCAUUUCUUUGUUCGCCAGCAGAAAUACUAGGACAGAAAUUUCUUGUUCACAAAAUGACAACCCUCUUUGCCGCAAUAACGAUUCUUGCAUUUUUAAAAUUAUGGUGAUUACUGCGCGAAAUGUAGCUCUCUCUUCUCUUGAAAUUGCAUAGAGAGAAAAUCUGAAAGGGUUUAGGUCUCACAAAGAAAACGGUUUCCAGGCGCGCCUUUUUUGCUACGCUCAGAACACGCAACGCCACGUUCGCGUGCCCCUAAAAAUGGCACAGACUGGAUACUUUAAACGUGUCUGAAUUAAUCUUAUAAUAAAGUAGGACUUUUGGUCUCCAUCCCUGAUUAAAGCUCCUAAAAUAAAACUUCCCUCAGGAGUACUCAUCGACGAUGAGAGUCCUUUUAUGUGAUUGAAACAAAUGUUAAAUCACCUAUUUUGGUGUCGUGGUAACUGAUACCCUUUGAGAUCUCACAGCUGGCAGGUGAUUAUUUGCAUCUCGUUAAGAUUUGUUUCCAUUCACAGUGGGCAGUGGAUUCACUUGAUUGUAUUUUGAGGGUCUAGAACAAAGAAAAAGCGAAAUUUCAUAAUACUGCUAUUUCCGGAAUUUUCGUUAACAAUGAAGACAGAUCACGCUGAUUCCAAACACAAAGUAGCUUUCAAAACAACUUUAAUUUGCACGCGCUAUUGCAAAGUAUUGCACAUCAGUUAUCUUUGAGACUUAAAACACAAUAUAGUUUUCAUACCUACAAAGUUUAAUUUUAUCGAGUAAUGUAAUCAUCAUUGGCUAAUUUUUGGCCUUUGCGUAAUGCGCGAAGAACCCCGGUCAGCUGGGUAAAACAAAGAAAUGUUUGUCAUAUCUCAGUGACAAUAUAUAAAAUUUUCUCAAAUUGGAGCUCUGAACUAAUUAGAUAGUGAAGUGCAAUUCAACACUUUAGAUCCCUUUCGAUGUCGAAAGGUGUUGAUUCCAGACAGAGCUCGUCCAUGAACAAAUUUUUUUCGUCACAGUACCUUUCAGUCUGCGUGUAAAUUAGUUGCUACGAUUAAGGGAUUAGGGCACUUCUAAGUUACACUCAAUUAAAGCUGUCAAGGACUCUCAUAGAGAUAUUUUACAACCUGUGGUUAAACCUCACCGAUUAUUACUGCCUUCUGUCUCUAAUUCACCAACAGGCGCGUGGAAAGGCUAUGAGAAGUCCUAAGAGCCUCAAACUGAUUUAAAGUUCGACAACUGUGCGUUCAUGAGAAUACAAAUGGCCUCCACAUCUUUGGUUACCAGCGGCGGUGCUACAAACAUGACGAAAACAGCUUUUACGGUGAAAGCAGCAGGAGAUAAUGGAGAAACAUCCUCCCUGAGUCCAUUUGCACUCGGCUUAUUUCUCGAGGCAGGCAUUUUGGCAGUUGCUCUUGGAAAUCUCUUGGUGCUGCUGUCGUUAAAAUUUCAGAAACAGUGGGUCAUAACAGAUAUUCUCCUUCUGUCCCUUUCAGCAGCAGAUUUCACUGGAGGAGCUGUCCCCCUGCAAAUUGUAGUUUUCAUGAACUAUUUUGCCCAGCGGAGGUGGACUCCUUUUCUUUGUGGCUUUUACAUCCUGUUGGUAAAUGCACUUCGCUUUGCCUCGGCUGGGACGGUCACAUUGAUAGCUGUCGAGCGGGCCUUUAUGAUUUUGUCUCCAUUCAAAUAUCACACGACAAUUACAACUUCGCGAACGAAGAAACUUGUCAUGUUCACUUGGUUGAAUGCAGUGACGUUUGCCUCUUUGCCGUUCCUAGGAGUUGGAAAGUCGGGUUAUGAAGAUGGCAAAUGCUUUUAUCAUUUAACUGAUUUGGGAAAAGCUUACGCUAUCCUUAUUGUAUCUGCAUCCUUCGUAUUACUGGCAUUAGUGUUAGCAUGUUAUUUUGCGAUAAAAUCAUCAAGUACACAGUUUAUUAAGCGACAAACAGUUAUGGACACAAAAAACAAAAGUGCCGGGACAAACAUGUCCCGCGGGUCAGUUUCCGAGGAUCACGGUCAAGAGCAAGUGAAAAAAAGACAAAAGAGUAGUACUCACGGGGUGAGGGAGAUUCAAAGACUGUCACUUAUGAUGGCCCUCGUUGUUUUUCUUUAUUACAUUAGUUGGCUGCCAAUUUUGAUCAGCAAUAUUGUUACCCUGAUAACAGGCCGCCAAUCAAGUAAAACUGUUGUUCUUCUCACGGGAAUGGUCUCUCUGAUAUACGCUCUGGCAAACCCGAUCAUCUACGGCAAAAUGAGUUGCCGGUACAGAUGGGCUUAUAGACGAUUGUUUGAAUCUCUUUUUCUUUGUGAGACUUGUAGGCAGAGAUCAAGAUCCUGGAGCAUAUCAUUCUCAAGGAGAAGCACACGUUCGUGCACCUUGUCUUUACAACAAAUCUCCAGUGACCACCAGCUCAACAGAAAUAUUACCAAAGAAGAGGGGCCUGGGUACCCAAAAAGGGCGCAUGGACGACAUCACGACACUGCUGGACAUAGAAACGAGGGGUUACAAUGCCAGGAUGGCUUUGCAGAAGGCGUGGUACUGGGAUUUGGCGAUGAUGGAAACAGUUCUUCUCAAAAUGAAUUUAUGAGCAGAGACACGAACAGCUCUUACUUAUCAAAUGAGUUUUUAUCAUAAGAUAAAAGGUUUGCUCGAGAACGUUUCCAAAUAUAUUACAUAUAUAUUUAUAAUCACUACUCAUCAACUAUUUUAAAAAAUUUACUGUAACUAAAUGAACUUUAGCGGACGAAGAAACGACUCACUUGUCUGGCGAAUUUACAAGAAGAGGGAGGAACAAUUCGCACUUGUCAAAUGAGGUUUUACUAUAAAGUUAAGGACGAAUCCCUAGAUUAUACAUCUUUUUACUUAAAUUUGCAAUCUUUAUAUCAAUUAAUCUAAAAUCGACGUAUGCUAAAUGGACUUUAGUUGAGACACAAAAAGGACACGCUAAUUCGGAGGACUAAGCAAAGUGACCUCUACCGCAACAGCUAAGUAUGGGAGGAUUGAUCUUAUUAAACGAUCGAUACAUUAAAGAAAAACCCGACCGAUCAAGCAAUUAGUUCCGUUUAUUUAAUAACAGCACCGGAAGAUUAAAGAUGAAACUAGCACUUAAAUCAUCUUAAAAAUAUUAUUUGUUCCUAUUUAUAAUAAGUUUUUAAACAGGGUCAAUGAGGCGGAGAAAUUUGGUUAAACUUAUACCAAGCCAAGUAUUUCAAUAUUUUACAGACACACCAGAAUUUGGCCUAAAUAAGAGCAUGACAAGUUGAAGGAUCGCAAAAUUUUAUAUGUAUCCUUUUAAUGAUUUUUCACUUUGAUGGAAUAAAGUUCAUCUGAAGAAGUUAACUUCAA